AUGCUUCAAGAGUACUUGAGAAAUCAAGAAGAGAGUACAAAGAAGAUGGAGAGGAGAAUCGAUUUCAUCCAUGAGAGCCUUGGAAACAAAUCUGAAGUCCUAUUCAAGCAAGUGAUCAAGCUUGAUGAAGACAUUAAGAAGUUAAGAGAGGAUCAUGAUCGAUCUCUGACCCUAGUUAAGCUUGAUGUUGCUGCCAAAUAUCAAGAGUUGCUGAACAAGAGCAUGAGAAUUGAAGAUACUAGCUAUGGCAAUAGCAAGCACCUUGGAUCAAUCUACAACCGCCUACAAGCCCUUGAAGGAUCAUCUCUCCAAGUACAAGAGAGAGAGGAGUCCAACACCCAACCACCCUCCCUUUUAUUGCAAUGCCAUCACAAGAAGAAGCACAAUACUCAAGUCCAUGAGGACAAUGAAGAAGAAGAAAGAGAGUAUGAGGAACAAUUGAAUGAUGAAGAUGAAGAGCAGAGCAUCGACAUCAAUGCUUCUCCAAAACAGAGCAUGGAUACACCUAGCCCUAGAGACCCUCGUUUCUCACCACCAAGAAGUCAAGCUUCUACACUUCCAAGAUUGGAAGCAAUGCAAAGACCAUCACCACCUACUGAAGAAGAAGAUACUUGGCAGUAUGAUCCCAUUGAUCCCAACAAGAUAAGCCCCAUGAAGCUUAAAGAGUUCAAUGCUAAGGAAGGCACGAUUUCCCCUUGCCCCUCAUGCAGUCAAUCAACCACCAUCACCACCAUCAUCACCACCACCCAAGUGCAUGUCUUUCCAAACAAGCUUGGCGCCACUACCCAUUCACCACCUUCUUCCACAACUGCAAGAGAGACACCUGAGGACAUCAAAGAGCUUUUUGAGAAAGCUAAAGUUCAGCCAACCUUCAAGACCCUCUACAAGAUUGAAGACCCAGGUCAAUUCUCUAUUCCCUGUCAAGUAAAUGGUCAUUACUUUGAUAGAACACUAUGCGAUUCUGGCUCUUGCAUAAACCUCAUGCCAACCCAAACCGCCAAACUCCUUGGCAUCACACGCUUGCAACCUGCUCAAAUUAGUAUUGGACUUGCUAACCAUACUAUAGCCAAGCCAAGAGGAGUUGUUGUUGAUGUUCUUCUAGAGAUUGGAGAUAUCAAGAUCCCGGUGGACUUUCAUGUCAUGAACAUUCAAGGAGGAUGUGACACACCAUUGAUACUAGGCCGACCCUUUUUGGCCACUGCUGGAGCUGUCAUGGACCUUCCAAACAGGCGAAUGUCCUUAGCCAAUGUUGACAAGACAGUCUUUUACAAGACCAUACCAUUCAUCUCACCAAACAAGCUGUCUUACCUCAUCACUGCCCAAGGCCGCCCAAGAGAAGCCACCAGACCACACUCAAGGUCACAAUGA